AUGAUUCGGCCUAUUCGGUCGCGCCCGCUGGCCACCGCCUAUAGGGCCAGCUGCACCCAAGCAACCCGCUGGUUCUGCGCAGCGAGGCCUCGAUUGUCCGAGAAGCUCCUGUACCCAGAGAACCGCACAGCGUCGCAGCAUCGCGACCUCCCCACGUUCCUGGCCUACGCCAAGCGGACCGGGCUCGACGACAAGUCCACGGUGUUUGUCGGCACGCACUACGAGUACACCAUCGCGGGGACCCUCUCCCGGUACGGCUUCUCGCUGCAGCGCGUCGGUGGGGCGUCUGAUUGCGGCGUCGACCUCCUCGGCACCUGGACCCCGCCCAAGACGAGGCGGGUGAUGAAGCCCCUGGUGCAGUGCAAGGCGGGGGCGCAGCGUGCUGGGCCGAACCUGAUCCGCGAGCUGGAGGGGGCGUUUGUCGGCGCGCCGGUGGGCUGGAGGGGCCCCGGGGUGCUGGGACUCUUGGUGAGCGAGAGGCCGGCCACGAAGGGCGUGCGGGAGUCGAUGGGGAGAAGCCGGUGGCCGAUGGGAUACCUCUGCUGUUCCAGGGAGGGGGUCCUGAAGCAGAUGAUCUGGAACCACCGGGCGGAGGAGGAGGGGCUCGAAGGGUUUGGCGUGGUGACCAGGCAUGUGGAUGGGCAGGAGGGUGAAACAGAGCUUGUACUUCUUCGAAAUGGAGUAGUACUGCCGUUGCUUGAUAGGACCUGA